AGGUGCGAAAGGUGGACUUAGGGCGCCACUUCGAGUUCUUCUUUAGUUGGGUAUCACCUGUGGAUCGAGCUUGGUGAUCGCGAUCGCGUCCAGUAGAAGCCGCAAAAUUUUAAGCUCGUGGUGAACUUAAAUAUAGUAGACCUGAAAACAAUAGUUCGCUUUGAUAGUUACUCGCAACUGAAUUUUACGCAAUAAUCAAGACCAGUAAUCGCCGUUAAAUGAUUCAUCUCGACAACUCUGUGCCCGAUUUCCAUGAGUGAUUGAUAGUAACAUUUAAAAGUUUGGAAAGCUUUUCGCUUGAUUUGUGGUUCAAUAAGUGGCGGCAACUGUUGUGAUUUUACUUUCACCCAAAACCAUUUGAAUAGAAAUUAUACGGAAAUUAAUGAUAGCAUCCAAAGUGUUACCCCAGCAUGCAACUUUUGCAGCUGAAUGGAGCCUGGGACUAGCUGUAAUGAACCUAGUCGUACUCGUUCAAUUUGUAUCUUGGAGUCUUGCUCGUUUCUGGACAAAAAUGAGGGACUUAGAUCUCGGAUUCGACCUAGAUGAGGCUUUAGAGCGUACUAAAAUUUCGAAAGCAGACAUCGAACUUCUCCGAGGAAGGUUACCUGAAGAUGUUCCAAAUAACCUUACAGAUAAACAGUUGCUACUAUUUCUCAACGCUUGUGGAAGCAUAGACGAAGCCCUCAAAGUUAUAAAAAUCUAUUACGAUGCAAGGAGGAAUGCACCAGAACAUUUCAACAACCGCGAUCCAAAGCAUCCAAAAAUUAAACAGUGCUUUGAAAACCAGACGUACUAUCAUGUACCUCCAACAGAAAAGGAUGACUGCCCGAUUGUCUAUCACAAAAUAAUGAAUCCAAAAGCAUCAACCUACUUUUUUGACAAUGCAUUAAAAACCUACUGCAUGACUAUGGACGUUGCUUUAUACAAAUAUGGUCCUCGACCCGGUGUUAUCUUUGUUCAUGAUAUGGAAAAUGUAGGAUUCACUCAUAUACUGCGAGCUAGCAUAUCCAGUAUUAGAAAAUAUCUUCAUUAUCUACAGUACGGAGUUCCAGCGAAAUUAUGUCGUGUGCACGUUUUAAAUGUAGUUCCUCUAUUUGAUAAGAUUCUGACGCUUGUCAAACCGUUUCUGAAAAAGGAGCUGCUGGAAAUUAUACACGUACAUCCUGCAAAUAUGAAUUACGAAGAUUUCCACCGGGAUUGGAUACCAAAGUCACAUAUGCCGGUAGAAUACGGAGGCGAUCUUAAGAGUAUGAAGGAGUUAAAUGAGAGCUUUUACGAAGAAAUUCUAUCGCUGCGUGAUCAUUUUUUGGCGGAGGAGAAUCAACGAGAUUGCAUUUAAAUUAGACAAUUUAGCACUGUUAUGGUAUUUUACACCGAAUCUCAAAAACAUGUUAUUGUUGAACUCUUGCACUCUGUGUGCGGGUGUAUAUAUUUAUUUUUAGUUUACUCACUACUUUAGAUUAGCUGCUUUGCCAUUUUCAUUUAGUACACAAUUUGGAAGAAUGAAAUGUUUGUGAUUUUUUGUUAAAUAAAAAGGGAAGCGUAAAGGAAUUUCA